AUGUCUGAUUCAUCGACUAAUGAAGAGUCGGUCUCGUCCAGCGGCGAAUCCGUCUCCACUGAUCUUAUCAGCAAAGACGAAGACCUCAAGAAUGCUGAACAGAACCUGGCUACUGAUUACAACGAGACUGUGGGCUCUUCCAAAAAGAUCCACAACACAGCUAUCGGCGAACUAUUGCAGCCGUUGAAAGAGUCUGCCGAAGACGACAACGAUAAACAAGACGCAUCGGAGCCUCUUCCCAGAGGCAGACCAUCUUCUUGUGUCUUUGUUGCCAGUUUAUGUUCUUCGCGAUCUGAUGAUGAAUUGUGUGUCUCCGUCACCAAUCACUUUCUGAAGUGGGGCAAGUUGUCCACAGUCAAAGUUCUACGUGAUACGUCUAAUCGUCCGUAUGCGUUUGUUCAGUAUACAAACGAUCGUGAUUCCAAAUUGGCUAUCAGGAUGGGCCACGAUUCUGAAUUGGAUGGAAGAAACAUCCGGUGUGAAGCAGCUAAAGUAAACAGAACUUUAUUCAUAAGUUCAAACGAAUUAGUUCAUGAGAACAAAAUGAGUGAAUUUCUCAGUGGGUUUGGUGAGAUUGAGCAGAUCCUCUCAAGCAACAGCUCAGGACAUCUUGUAAGAUACAAAGUGAGCAAGUCGUCUAAGUAUUGGUACUGUAAAUUUGUAUAUCGUGAAGACGCCAUUAGAGCAUUUGCCAAUAUCACGGAGUCUUGUGCCUAUAAAGUAGAUUGGACCCAGAAUAUUGAGGAGGAUGUUCAUUAUGGACACAGAGAUGAGGUCUCCCAGGAGACGCAAGUAACCUUUGAUAAAUUCUCCAUAUUUGUAGGCCAAUUGCUGGCUGAAGUCAGCGAAAAAGAUCUUGAUAGUCGAUUUUCACGUCACGGCACUAUUGCUGAUAUCAAUCUUAUCCGCAAAGGAUCCAAUCUGUUUGCCUUUGUCAGAUUUGAAAAGGAAUCCAGUGCAGCAGGAGCCGUAGAAAGAGAAAACCAUGCCAUGUUUAAAGGAAAGACUUUGCAUGUACAAUACAAGGAGACUCAUUCCUUAACAAAGUCUGUUAAAAGUAAGCCGGUUGGAUUGGCAUUUGCACCACCUCCUAUUCAUUUAUCACGUAAAGUUGAGAACUGUUACAGAAAAACUUCAGGUAAUAACUUUCCUCCGUUGAAACCGAGAUUUAAUAACUAUUCUUCGAAUAACGCCAAUAGAGGAAGCUAUCAACUGUAUAGAGGGAACUACAAGCUGCAUUAUUCUAAUGUACCUAAUCGUGUGAGAAGAUUUACAUCUAUGAAUACCACACCUAGUGGUUCAGCCCAUGGAAAAGGAGAAACUACCAGUGAGAGAAGUGCCUGGAGCCCUGAAGCCAAAGGAAGCUUGGAAGCAAAUGGAUCACCUCCUACUACUCCAGUUCCAAAGCAGGCUGAUAUCCAUGCAUGGAGAAAUGUAUAUGGACAUCAAGGAGGAUCGAACCCAGAUAGACCGGACCCAAGUAAUCCCUACCAUAAAUUGGCAAGACCAGAUAUGAGUGGGGGAGCUCCUCCCCCUAAGAAUGGAAUUCCUUACUUUUACUAUAUUCCCAAUCCUGAAGUUUCCAACAUGCAUGGAAGCGGAUUCAUGGGAGCUCCAGUAAGUUCAGGCAAUCCAGUGGGACUAAGUCCCAACCCCAAGGGCUUCUAUCAGCCAUACUAUGUACCAUAUGAUACGCAUGAGUACGGGCCAGCGGCAGCAGCAGCAGCAGCAGCCGCGUAUUCGAUGCAAUAUCCAAUGUAUUAUCAGGCGAAAGAAAAUAACGCAAAUGAUGAGAACUAA